AUGAGGACGUUCCUCUUUCUCUUUGUUGUUCUCUUCCUCCUGGCCCCAGCCAGGAAUGCAUUUUUUGAUGAGAAAUGCUUCAAGCUUAACGGGAGAUGUGUGAAUUCUUGUCGGAAAAAUGAAGAACUUGUUGCUCUCUGCCAGAAGUCUCUGAAAUGCUGCCUGACACUCCAGCCAUGUUGGGAGAGUAAAGAUGACUAA